GGUACCUGCCUGUACCUGCACGACCGCUAAGUAGUAUCCGACCGUAAAGGCUAGUAUCCAACAGAAGGGGUUUAAAUACCAGUGUUGUGCUAUAGAUUAUGGCAUCCUCCAACCCUCUCAACACACACAGCGCUGGUUCGUUAUCCUCUUUCGCACCUGUGGUAAAAUUGCUGGUCAAGUGCUACUAUCAAAGCUCAUAGUCCUUUCCCCUGGAGUUCCAACGACAAGAACUUUAGUAUUCCUAUACCUAGAAUCUCAGCCGGCACGUUAUGUUCUUCCAAAACACGUCCUCAUGUUUUGUUGCUCUUCUGUAUUUUGGUGCCACCCUUCUUUGGGCAUCCAUCCAGGUGUUGGCUUCUCCAGUACCCAACCCCAAUGUCGAUAUCGCUCAGUACGAACGACGCACUGAUUUUAGCUUCGCUAAUUCUCAACUUUCAAAGCGAGCAAUAGAGGUCAAUGUCGAUCUUGUCAUCGGCGGCGAAGGCAAAAACGAGCACUGGUACCUAUUAAUUGGGCCUCAACUUUUCCAAGCUGGAGCCAGAGACUUCGCAACGAUGGAUGCCACAAAGAGCAAACUUACGACCUCGAGUUACAACUGGGACGAAGUUGAGAGCCAGCUUGGUGGAGAUUACUACAUCUUACCCCUCGGGAAAGCGACAUACAAGGAUGCCGAUGAUCAGGCCAAAGCCUUUGCCAAGAUCAGAGAAAUUCGGAUGACAAAAGCUGCUGCGAAGAAGGGGGGUAACUGCAUGGACUACAAUAUGGAUGUCUUGAAACUGGAAAAGAAACAGCGCCAUAUUACCCAGGAGGUGGUAGAUGCGUAUAAGCUGGAGUAUGAUGAUAACUACACCAGGGUAUCAAAAGCCGUUUGGGGAGUCGACUUGCGGCCAUGAUGACAGGGUCAGUGUCUGGGUGUAAGCCUGUGUAAGCCCUAUGAUUGUGAUUGAAGUAAAGGGAUUGAUCCCUACUGUU